GGGAGUGGGGGGGAUAGUGAAGGAAAGAAGAAAGAAAGAAAGUGGGCAAGAAAGAGGGAGCCGAAAGUAACAAAUUCUGUAACCACCUCUUACUUACAAAGUACAGUCGCUUUCUGUUAAAAUCCUUUAAUUCCAUAUUACUCAUUCUAGAAUGGCGAAAACCGCCGUAGACGGCGGCGGAUUGCCGGCGGGGGAGGACGAACUUAAAAAAGAGUUGGAGAGAACGGUGAAUUCUAUAGUUGAAGAUGAUGAUUACUCUUUAGAAGCCAUCGAUCGAGCCAUGCAGUGUUUGUGUGCUCUUGAAGACUUGAAAUUGAAUCCUAAUCCACCCCAUGAAUUUGUUUGCCCACUUUCUCAUCAGCUUAUGAAUGACCCUGUUGUUUUGGCUUCUGGACGGACAUAUGACAGACCAUUCAUUCAAAAGUGGCUGAAGGAUGGCCACCGAACCUGCCCUGAAACAAAGCAGGUUCUCUCCAAUACAAUUCUCACCCCAAAUCAUCUAGUGAGAGAAAUUAUUUCACUGUGGUGCCAGAAGCACAGAAUUGAGCUGCCGGGCCCUUCCCCUGAUAAGGACCAGGAUAUAAUAAAAAAUACAGACCGAGAUCAUUUGAAUUCACUGCUUGAGACAUUGUCCUCUGGAAAUGUUCCAGAGCAGAAAAAGGCUGCAAAACAAGUUCGUGUGCUGACUAAACUGAUUCCAUCUCUACGGGCUGUUUUCAGGGAGUCCAGUGAUGCUGUUACCAAAUUGCUAAAUCCUCUCUCGUCUGGAAAUGUGAAUUAUCAUCCUGAUCUACAAGAAGAUUUGAUCACAACAGUUCUGAACAUCUCAAUACAUGACAGCAAUAAAAAGGUUGUAGCAGAAAAUCCUGUCGUCAUUCCUUUACUUAUUGAGUCUUUGAAGUUUGGAACAAUUGAAACAAGAAGCAACUCUGCUGCUGCUCUCUUCACAUUAUCAGCAGUUGAUACAAACAAGCAUAUUAUUGUGAAGGCUGGUGCUCUCAAGCCUUUAAUCAACCUCCUGGAUGAGGGACAACCGUCGGCCAUGAAAGAUGCUGCUUCAGCAAUUUUUAAUCUCAGUGUUGUCCAUGAAAAUAAGGGUAAAGCUGUUUCUGAAGGAAUAAUAAAGGUGAUUAUGAAGAAGAUCACCGAUCGCAUACUCAUUGAUGAAUUGUUAGCCAUUCUGGCCCUGCUGUCCAGUCAUCACAAAGCUAUCGAGGAGAUGGGAGAGCUGGGUGCAGUCUCUUGUCUCCUUAGUAUCAUUAAGGAGGACACAAGUGAUCACAACAAGGAGAACUGCAUCGCGAUUCUUUACACAGUGUGUUAUAAUGACCGAACAAAGUUGAAAGAGAUCUGGAAAGAGGAGAGUACCAAUGGGACCAUAGCUAAUCUUGCCCGAAGCGGGACCUCUAGAGCCAAGAGGAAGGCGGAUGGCAUUCUUGAGCGGCUUGACAGAUAUUUUUCUCGUGUGCAUACUACUUGAGGCUGAAUCUUUUUUCAUAUGUACAUUCCUAAUCACCCAUGUAAGUGCUCUUGCUUCUCAUUAGACCUUAUACAACUGAAUUCCUCCUUGUAGGAAAAUAUAGAUUCUUUUCCUUGUCCAUCUUGAGGCUUGUACAUUACUGUGAAAUUCUCAGCAUUAUGUAGCAUUGUUAGUAGUUUGUCACCUUUAAAGAUAGAUACAUCCUGCUUAUGGCUUCUCUUAGAAAAUGUUCAAAUAGCUACUGUCUUGCUUUA